UAUAAAAGCAGCUCUCAGCUCAGAGUUCCACUACUGACGGGUUCCUGUAGCUCACAGCAGACUCUUGGGGACCGGUCACUAAUCAGCUUGUAACUCUGUCCUGAAUUGACCUGAUCAGCAGCAGAAUGAGGGUGCUGUGGCUUUCAUUUCUUCUCAUUGGACACCUUGUCUGUGGACAUUUGAGAAGGGGCUCUGGCUCAAAUGAUGCUGACCGACGAUCCAGGGGGCAGCCAUAUUCUGGGCGCAGGUUCCGUGGAGUUGGGGCAAAUUCUGGCAGACGCUCCUCUUAUCCAAGUCUCUCCAAAACUGUUCCUGCUCCUCAAAAUGCCUUUUCCAGCCCUGACAGUUACUACGGCAGUCAAGAUUUCUACAGCACCCCCACCAACAUGGCUGAGAAUCAAGAUUUCAACAAGGGCUACGCUGGUUUCAUGGAGCAAGUCUACAGUGGCCCUCAGGACAGUGAAUAUGCAGCCGCUUAUGCAGCCUCUGGUUUUGACAGCAGUGCUCCACAUGGUAGCUCAGCUAGUGGAUUUGAAGGGAGCAUGCCUGAUGCAACCCCUCUAUAUGAGGGCUCUGACUCUGCCACUUUCUACUACCCUGCCGGGUCUGGGAGCGCUAGGGAACCAGAGAUCCCUGAGGAACCUGAGCCAGUCUUCAGUGACGUGUCUGAUCUGGAGCCGGUCUUUGCCUUCCGCUCUCGCUCAAGCUACCAGCGGGGAAGGAAGGUUUUUGCUCAAACCCGCUACAUCCCAGGAGAGCCUGCUCCUCCUCCUCCUCCUCCUCUUAUGCCUGUAUCCAGACGCAUGGAAGCAGCGUCUGAGCAAACCCGUCCCGCUGAUGCUCCGACCAAAGGUGGCUCCUGAGAGUCUUCUGGUGUCUUCAUUGCUGCUGCUAACAAUAGAUUAUCCAAUGCAAAUAAAACUUAAAACUA